UUCUUUUGCUUGUCGGUCUCUGCUCGCUGCUUCGCGUAGCGGAGGCGGAGAGAUUUUCGUGAAGGGAUCGCCGGAAAGAACCUGGAAAUUUCAUUUCCCAAACCCACUGCACCGCCCUUGAUCUCCCGCGCCUUUCUCAGAUCCCCCCCCCCCCCCUUUAUCCGUUUCAUUUUCUUGCCUUUUUGCCGUCCCGAUCCGUGCUCCCAAUGUACUUCCAUGUGUUCUGUUUGUGAUUCCUCGGGAUUCUCACGGUGCUUUCGUGGAUUUAGGGUGUCGGUUUUUUUGAAAGAGUAGAGAAAAAUCGGAGUUUUGGGCUGUCAGGGUGUGGUUGCUGGCAUGGGCGACCUGCAGGCCUGGCCGGCACUGUCCGACGAAGGCUCUUUGGAAGAGGUUGGCCAACCGAUGCAGCCGCAUCCGCCGGCGGUUAACCCCGACCCGUCGGCGAUCAGCGCGGAAAACUGGCAGGUUGCUGAGAAGGCAACCCAAGAUGUCCUCCGGUGCAUUCAGCCGACGGUGGUGUCCGAGCAUAGGCGGAAAGACGUUGUCGAGUACGUGCAGAAACUUUUGAAAAGAUGUAUUGGAAUUGAGGUGUUUCCAUUUGGAUCAGUUCCAUUGAGGACUUACCUUCCUGAUGGAGAUAUUGAUCUUACUGCAAUUGGUUAUCCAAAUUCUGAAAAUGCUCUGGCAAAUGAUGUAUGGUCUGUUCUUGACAGAGAAGAACAGUGCAAGGAUGCUGAAUUUGAAGUAAUCGAUGUGCAGUAUAUUAAUGCAGAGGUCAAACUCGUUAAAUGUGUUGUCGAGAACAUUAUUGUGGAUAUAUCCUUCAAUCAGAUUGGUGGGCUCUCUACUCUUUGCUUUCUAGAGAAGGUUGACCAAAAAAUUGGCAAGGACCAUCUAUUCAAACGCAGUAUAAUAUUGAUAAAAGCUUGGUGCUACUAUGAGAGUCGCAUUCUUGGUGCUUAUCAUGGUUUGAUUUCUACAUAUGCACUGGAAACACUUGUUUUGUAUGUUUUCCAUCUCUUCCAUAAAUCUCUGGAUGGCCCUUUAGCGGUUCUGUAUAAGUUUCUGGACUUCUACAGCAAAUUUGAGUGGGAUAAGUACUGUGUUAGUUUACAGGGCCUGAUUUCUGUUUCGUCAUUGCCCGAACCAUUAGUAGCUGAUAUGCCAGACUUUAAUGGGAGCAAUUUACUGUUUAGCAAGGAAUUUAUUGAGGAGUGCGUCGAGAUGUUUUCAGCUCCUGUAAGAUUGUCAGAAACAUCCCCCAAGGUGUUCUCAAAAAAGCACCUGAAUAUUGUGGAUCCCCUAAAACAGAAUAAUAAUCUUGGACGCAGUGUCAGCAAAGGCAACUUCUAUCGCAUUCAAAGUGCAUUGACAUAUGGUGCUCAAAAGCUUUGUCGGAUAUUAAAGUUAUCCAUGGAAAAUAUUGUUCCUGAGGUUCGCGCAUUUUUUGCAAGCAUUCUGGAGAGGCACGGAACUGGAGAAAGACCAGAUGUUCUAUCUUCAUCUCCUAACUCGUUAGACUCUGAAUUUAUUCAAGAUACUGGGGUUCGCUGUACUUCAUCAAGAUACUUGAGUUUGGGUGGUUUGCCAAUCAAGGAUUGCAAUGCCAUAUUGAAUAGGGAACUACUUAAUAUCAAGAUGUCAGAUUUGGAUAAGUCUGAUUUUCAAUCACGAUCUGACAGCGUUAAGGGUUUGGAUUCAGAAGCCAGGGAGUGUGCUAGCUUAGAUGCUUUGAGUUUGACGGUUAUUGAAAGUUCAAUUGCUUCUCCAUCUCAUGGUGACUCAUCUUCUGGAGAUGCAUAUUAUUCACCCCCAUUAUUCUUCCAUGCAGAAAAUGACUCCAAGAAUGUCAUACUUGAUACUUUAAACUUGAGAGACACUGCAAAUAAAGAAGUAUCUUUGAGCAGAUCUACAGCCUCUAACGAGGAAAUCAACUAUGAAAUUGAGUUACUACUUGGUACUAAUAAAUUGUGGUUUAAAACCAACUCCAUGUCUGAAUCCACUCAUAGCAUUCUUGGGUCUUCAAGGGCAAGUUGGAAUUCCAAUCUAUCAGGACAGUCAAUUCAUGCAGACUGCUCAAAUGAGGACGAUGGAAACACUAGAAACUCCAAGUUCAGCAAAUUAUCAGAUCUCGUUGGUGAUUUUGAUGUACAUUAUCAGAAUCUUCUAUAUGCCCUGGGUUCACAGGGGCAAGAGUAUUUAAUGAAUCAAUACAUUAUGCCCGUUCAUAGGAGUAUUUACAUGCAUAUGGCAACAAAUAAUCUAGUUCCUGCAUCGCCAUAUUCUCCUACUGCCUACUCUAUGAAUCAAUACUUGAUACCUGGUGUUUAUUGUGCUAAAGAUGUCCAGAAAAGGGGAACUGGAACAUACUUUCCUGACCCGAACUCUCGCUCAUACAGAGAAAAACAAUCACCUCGGAAAAGAAAGAAUCCAACUUCUUCAAGAUCCCAAUCCCGCAAUAAUAGCCAUUGGGAUGGACAGCAAGAUAGGAACUUGCUUGAUGAAGAAAAUGAUGAACCAUUGUCGCAAGUUUACAAUGCAAAUGAUCAUGGAAUACUGGAGUUUGGGUCCCUUGGUCCUGUUCCACUAAGAGUCUUCUCAGAACAAAGCAGCAGACAUGAAGUAACUAGUCCUAAUCGGAGCAAUGCUACAGCAAUAGCUGUGCCGACAAAUCAAAGAUCCUCAUCAAACAUGCAAUUUGGAAGGCUGACUAAACCCUAUCAGCUAAAGGAUGAAGGUGACUUCCCUCCUCUGAGUGGCUAAGCCUCUCCUGGGCACUGUCAAGCUGAGGAUGAGCAGGUAAAAAGAGGGACAUGUAGCCGUCGAAUACUGAAGCAGUAUCGCAAGGAGCUGCAAAGAAUGUUUAUCUGAUUCUUGUGACAAAAUUGUUUCCUGUACAUUCUACAAUUUUCCCCUCGUUUUCUUAGAAUCACCCCCUCUGCCGGGUGCAUACAACUUUGUUUUUCUUUUCUGUAGGAGAUAAGUUGUAAGCAGGAAGAAUGUUAUACCCAGUAGACAGUAUUAAAAUAACACCUUAUAUAAAUAAAUAAACGUCUUUGAUAUACUGUCCAA